ACCAACGCUGUUGUUGACAAAGUUGCUGAGAACAUAGUUGAUCGGAUUUUAAAUUUUAUUUUAAAUCCAAUCACUGUUGUGCGCAAGUGCAACGAGAAUGUUCAGAAUCUGAAGAAACAUGUUGACGAGCUGAAGACUGAAAUGGAGCAUGUGGAGAACUAUAAAAAGGAUGUUAGCAGAACAGGGAAAGGUGUGGAUGUGAAGAUCCGGAAUUGGCUGGAUAGUGCAGGCAAGCUCAUUGAAGCUGGAGAGAAAUUAAAAGGGGUUGGUGAUGAAUUUGCCAAGGAGUGUUUCUUUCGGCUGUGUCCCAAAUCCAUUCCUCGUUACAAGCUCAGCAAGGAAGCAGAGAAGAAUUCCCAGGAUAUUGUUCAACAUCUGGAAGUAGCUCGUGGAUUCGGCCCCCUAUCACUUUCCCACGCUCCUCCUCCACAACAGGACGUGGCUACACUUGUGGAAGGUUUUGAGGAGUUUCGUUCGAGAAAGGUUGUUUUGGACCAGAUCAUGGAGGCACUAAGAAGCCCAACCGUUAACGGGAUCGGACUGCAUGGGACUUCUGGGAUGGGGAAGACGAUGCUUGUAAAAAUGGUUAAAGCAAAAGCCAAGAAAGACAGCUUGUUCACUGCAAUAGUUAUGGCUACAGUGACGAAGGACCGGGAAGUGAAAAGAAUUCAAGAAGAAUUGGCACGCGACUUGGGUAUGGAUCUUCUUCCUUUCACAACGUAUACAGAUCAACAAGUUGCAGAUUCAAUAAGGGCAGAGUUGAAGAAAGUGAAGAAAUUUCUUGUUAUUUUGGAUGAUGUAUGGGAGGCUGCAAUAGACUUCGAGCAAUUCGGGAUCCCUUCUGCAAGUGAGAUGAAGCAGGAAGAUAUGCGCCGCAAAAUUCUACUAACCUCUAGAUUUCACCAUGUUCUCUCCGGUAUGAUGGAUGAGAAAGAUCAGGUCUUCGAGGUACAUAAAUUACGAGAUGAUGAAGGAUGGCAUCUAUUCAGGAAGAUUGUUGGUAGCAGUGUUGAAAGCUCUAAUUUUCAACCGACAGCUAAAGAGAUAGUUGAGAGAUGCAUCGGAUUGCCCGUUGCUAUUGUAUCUGUUGGAAAGGCCAUGAAAGGGAAGACUCAACAAUUUCAGUGGGAAGAUGCUCUGCAAAAAAUGAAAAAGCCUUCUCCAGAAGGGAUAUCUGCUGCAGUGUAUAAGCCUAUAGAGUUGAAUUACAGUAACUUAGAAGAAGAGGAACUCAAGCAAACAUUCAUUCUUUGCAGUUUGCUGGGCCAUGACUCUUCCAUCGACGACUUGUUGAAAUAUGGUAUGGGCUUGGAUUUAUUUCAUAUGGUGAAUACAAUAGAAGAGACACGAACUAGAGUACAGACAUUGGUUAGUCAUCUCAAACUGUCAUCUUUGCUAGUUGAAGGUCACAGCUGUUUGCAUUUUGGUAUGCACGAUCAGAUUCGGGAGGUUGCCUUAUCAAUUGCUUUUAGAGACCACGGUGGUUUAGCCUUAGUAGAUGAUUUUGCAAAGAGAAAGUUGAAAGAUGAGAAGUCAUUAGAAAAAUUGAAGUGGCUUUCUUUGCCAUAUGGUGAUAUUGAGCUUCCAGCCAAUGGGUUCCAAUGUCCGCAGCUCACUUUCUUUUAUCUGUCAAACAAGGCUCAGUCUCUUGAAGUUCCAUCAGAGUUCUUUAAAAGAGCUGAUGGACUUAAAGUCUUGUGUUUGACUAAAGUUGACUUUAAGUCAAUGCCUUUGCCAAUUCCCUUGAUCCCAACGAAUCUUCAUUCCUUACUUCUGGAUCAAUGUGGAUUUAAAGUCGAAGACCUCGGAGCCAUUAUGGGGAAUCUAGAGAAUUUAGAGGUGCUUAGCCUUGCAGGCUGUGAUAUUGAAGAGUUGCCAAGAGAAAUAGGGAAGUUGAGCAAGUUAAAGUUGUUAGAUGUGAGUGACUGCACCAAACUGAGAGUAAUUCCACGACAAGCCUUAGCAAGUUUGUCCAGAUCUUUGGAAGAGCUAAAAAUGGGAAACAGCUUCAAUCAAUGGGAUGUGGAGGAAGGAAAUGCUAGGCUUGAUGAGUUAGCAGAGUUGCAUAAGCUAACUGCUUUAGAGGUACGUAUUCCUAAUUUCCGAGCAAUUUUGUUCCCUGAAAAUCUAAGAAGGUUCAAGAUUUUCUUAGAAGAACUGGAACCGGAAGUGCGGUACCCUUGGGACGGCUCUUUUGAAAGCUCAAAAAGAAUGAAGCUAAAGCUACAGGGUGCAAGCAUUAAAUCUGAUUACUCAGUUAAGAAGUUGUUGAAGAAGACAGAAGAUCUGUCCCUUCAGGGAUUAAAUGGUGUUGAGAAUUUAGUUUGUGAGUUAGAUGAUGAAGGUUUUCAACAUCUGAAGUGUCUCCAUGUCCAAAAUGCUCCAGACAUUCGAUACAUCUUUAAUCCAGCAGGGAGGUUGCUUCCUUCCCAUGUAUUUCCCAUCUUGGAGGUAUUGACUCUUUUCAAUUUGGUAAAAAUGGAGAAGAUAUGUCAUGGUCUGACUGGAGCAGCACCUUUUAAAGUAUUAAGAAAGAUAACCGUUUAUGGUUGUCAUCAAUUGAAGAAUCUGUUCUCCUUCUCCAUGGCCAGACAGCUUCAACUUCAAGAAAUAAGAGUAGAAAAUUGCAACAACAUUGAACAGAUUAUUGAUGACGUGGAGGAACAAGGCAACGGGAAUGAUAUCGUUGAAGAAAGUGAAGGAUGUAAGCUUGGUGGCAGUCUGCGGUCCUUAACAUUAAGAUGGUUACCAAAACUGAUUAGCUUCUUCAACAGUGGUAAUUGCAGCGGCAUCUCACUUUUCAACGAUAAGAUUAACUAGGUUUCAAGUUUGGGCUAGUUUCUGUUUCCAAACCUAGAGGAGCUGCAAUUGUCACGGAUUAAUAUUGACAUGAUUUGGAUAGCAUCUUACUGUGUUGAGAACCUGACAAAAUUGAUAAUUCAUGGCUGCGAUAACUUGAAUUACCUCUUCUCAUCUACUGUGGCUAGAAGUCUAGUGAAGCUUGGACACCUUGAAAUAGAGGAAUGCAAGAUGAUGACAAAGGUUCUUUCUAAAGAGAAUGAAGAAGAAAAGGGGAAUUUGAUUUUCCCUGGGUUGAAAUUU